AAAAUGUAUCGUGAGGAGAGACGUGCCAGUUCAAUUCAAAGUGCGUAUCGGUAGUGUGUGUGUGCGUGCACGGUUUUUUUAUUUACACAUGAUAUUAUUUUUGUAACAAUAAGAACAAUAAGAUAGUAAGAGCUAUUUUUAUACGUAACAAAACAGUACAAAAACAAAAGAGUACAAAUAUAUCUACACCCAACUCAGCGAACAAAAUCAGGAUUACCAUAAUGACAAUAACGUCUUCUUCGAUAUAUCUAUAGAUUCUUUCGUAGCGCAGCAAAAAACCCAAAAAACCAAAAAUGAUCCUAAGCUAACGAUGCACAAUGAGUGAGACCUUAAGCCAGGAUCCGGAUGGGCUAGGGGCAGCUUACACCACCCUAGCUCCAUCGUAUCCGCCCACACCCGCAACGCCGAGCUCCACCGUGCAAGAAGGUCCUCCGGGCGCGAAUCUACCUCCGUUUUCCACGUUCGCGGCGGAUAUGGACUCCGGGGGGACAUUCGGCUCGAUGUCUGAUAGACUGUUCAGUGAUACGCGUUUGUUAGACAUAUCCAAUUGGGACUACUAUACCGAAACAAGACUUUUAGACCGUGGUGAUAACGCUCUGUCGAUCAUUACGUCGCAACCUCAGUACCGUCCGUGGGAAUCGAAACCUGUUGACGCUUCCACGUCUACGUUUUCGGCCACCACACCGGUAAACACCUUAGCCGACGCCUUUUCCCAACAGAACGGCGCCUCUAAGUUACCUUCAUUCCAGUCCCAAUUCCAAAGCUUCAGUGAUUCCGUUACCACCACAGAACCAACGUUAACCACACUUACCAAUUUAACGCCGGUUUCGCCAAACUCUUCUAGUCCUCAAAGUCAUAGUUUAACAACGUUGAACUCUAAUUUCCAUACUCUAAGUGCUGUUAAUGUCAAUCCGAGGAACUAUCCAUUAGUACCUGCUCCCAUUCAAGCGAGGGAAAUACCUUCUAUACAACAACAGUUUCUCGAUGAAAGACAUAUACAGUUGUAUUCUCACCCUCCUACUAAUAUAGCGAUAAACAAUACGAUACACCCAACGUUUCUAAAUAGUCAAAAUGGUGCCAUUAUCCAAAAUAACCAAUUGAUCUCAUCUCCUACAGUAGUGACAGUAUUAAAGUCUGAACCAGACUUGAAGCUAGCGACGUUACACCAAGAUACCUUAAAGCUCCAAAACGUUGGGCUUCACCCUACCCAAUUCCAAAAUCCCAUGGCUCAAAUCCACAACACCGACGGUAACCUCUAUAACGGCGUGGAGAAAAAGAUUAACGGUAAUAUGACCUCACCAACUAGAAACGACUUCCGGAAAAAAGAACGAAGGAAAAUCCGGGCUUCAAGUCUCGAAAGUUCGGUGGAUAGUGACGGUGCUUCCAGUAAUAUGGACAUGGGGUCGGAAAACUCAGGGCAAGUAGCAGCUAUAUCUAGUACUGCUGGGUUCAAAACUCACCAAAUGCACGUGAACAGUUCGGUGGACAUGGACACGGAUAUAAGUGGUGGAAGCGUCGAUAAGCAGGUCAAGAAGAAGCGGAAAAGGUGCGGGGAAUGUAUCGGAUGCCAAAGAAAAGAUAACUGUGGUGAUUGUGCGCCUUGUAGGAACGACAAAAGCCAUCAGAUAUGCAAGCAAAGACGGUGUGAGAAGUUGACGGAGAAAAAGAGUUAUCGUGGUAGAAAGCCAGCGGGUUCCGGAGCUCCUCUAGGUGGUGCUACCCUCGUUUCACCCGAAACCAACGGCAGCACGGUGGUGACACCUACAGCACAGCCUCCUUCGAGGCCCAGUCCGCAACCCACUCAGGUUCAACAAUCUAUGCCCGUCCAGCAACAACCAAUGACUCCGAUGCCUUUCUACGCAGAUCCCAACCGUUUUCCAACACCUGUAUGGCAAGCUGAUCCUUCGCAGGGUUGGCCCCAGGGACAAUUCAUCCAACAAAUACCAGCGACAGGACAACCAAUCGAAACUUAUCAGCAAUACCCAAACGGAAUCUACCAAGCUACAUACCAGCAACCAGCGUUCGAAGCUAACACAUUUUACACAGGCGCUGUCCAGGUUUUAACGAACCCAAGACCUCCCAGCACGCCAAACCAGCAAGUCCAGCUAGCACCUCCACGACCAAACUCAAAUUAUUCUCAUACACCAAGUCCUAGUCCAGUACAACAGCAACAACAAGCCUCUGGUGGGCGACAAUACCAAGAGUAUAACAUCGCUCAACAACAGCAGGGUGGUCAACAAACUUCGCAGCAGAAUUUUAUCCAGACUACAAGUAAUACAACUAGUGAUAAUUCUCAGCAACAAACGGGAAGUAAUUCUAGACCGGGGUCGGUGAAUACGAUAAUGAACCCACCAACGCCCAAUCAGAAUUUUAGCCCGCAGUCUCAACACCAACAGCAGCAGAAUCCUCAACAGAAUUCGCAGCAAACCAACACUUAUACCUCGAUAAGCAACUUUAGUCCGAAUCCUACUGUGAACUACGUAAAUGCCAAUUCGGGAAACGGGCAGCCUGGGUAUCCACAAGUGAACAGCAACAGCCCGCAGCUAGAUUCACACAGCUCUAGUGGCUACCCAGGCCAGGACCAAUACAGCGGACAGGAGCACCAGCACUGGCAAAGUGACGAUCACAUGAUGUGGGAGCAGCAGGUCAAAAUGGAGUCCAACUACGAGGAGCAGAACAAUCAAUACGUACAAAUCAAUAACCCACCAAAUAAGCUAGAUAACGUACAAAACGAGAUGCAUUCGUCUAAGGCGUUUUCCCAAGCGGAUAAAGUGAAUCUCAAUACUAGGAUAAAAACGAUGAUACUCAAUAAACAGCAGGAAAAUAGUAAGAUGGAAGAGAGCAAAACCGUAGAACAAAACUCGACCGGUCAUUUUUUAUCGUAUAGCCACCAUCACCACUUAACCAGACCGUUAAGUGAUGAUGGUGGCGCCCAGAAUCGGAAUGAUUCUAUAAAAAACUCACGUUUACUACAACAAUCUUCUAAUAAUGACUCCUUGGACCAACAUAGAGAUACGAAAUUUGCUCAAUCCAAUACAGUACAAAAUUUGAAGGGAUACAAUCAUCAUUUUCCAUCUACAAAUGUUACUAACCAUACAUUUCAUUCAUCAAACACUUAUGAAGCAGACCUUAUAAACAAUGAUCGAGAAAAUUUACUCAAAACUGAUUCUAAUGAAGAAGCUGAUUAUUUAAAACAGUCCGGAAACUACCAAACAACAAAAACAUUACCACCAACAUGUAGAAAAUCUCAAAGACGCAGCAAAAACACCUUUUCAACAUCCACACCAAAAGCUAAACCUCUAUAUCCGUCUUUAUCGAUAGAAAAGUGCAAGCAACUUGGUAUGGAAAUACCUCUUUGUAGCUGUUUUCCUCCGAACGAAACUCCCUUUGAGCCUGGUACUUAUUACACUCAUCUUGGUUGUGCUAACACUUUGAAAAGUUUGAGGUAUGAUCUGGAAUGUAGAACUGGAGCGACUGGAAUAUCUAUCAGAAUUGAGAAAAUUCGAUACACUGGAAAAGAGGGAAAGACUGCACAAGGUUGUCCGAUAGCUAAAUGGAUCAUCCGUCGUCAAGACCAAAACGAAAAGUACCUAGUUAUUGUAAAGCAAAGAAGAGGACACUUUUGCCAUUCAACAUUCAUCGUUGUUGCCCUGGUAGUUUGGGAUGGCUUACAACAAGCCAACGCAGAUGAGCUUUACUCCUUGCUGACGGAGAAACUGAACAAAUUCGGUCUUCCUACGAAACGUAGAUGUGCUACCAACGACCCAAGAACCUGUGCGUGUCAAGGUCUAGAUGAGAACACCUGUGGAGCAAGCUUCACGUUUGGUUGCUCUUGGUCGAUGUACUACAACGGAUGUAAGUUCACCAGAUCUAAGGAAGUGAGGAAGUUUCGGAUGACGGAAAAAGCUGAGGAAGCUCUAGUCGAGGAUAAGCUACAAGAUCUAGCAGACUAUUUGAGUCCGAUAUACCGAUCUCUUGCACCGCAGUCUUUUAAGAAUCAGUGUAAUUUUGAAAGCAUAUCACCAGAUUGUCGCUUGGGAAAGAAUCCUGGAAGGCCUUUUUCGGGCGUCACGGCUUGCGUUGACUUUUGCGCGCACUCUCAUAAAGACCUUCACAACAUGAUCAAUGGUUGUACUGCUGUUGUAACCUUAAGUAAGUACAGAAACGUGACCAGGCCAGCUGAAGAGCAGCUUCAUGUUCUACCGAUGUAUAGACCUGAUGAUACUGACGAAUUUCACUCUAGAGAAAAUCAGGAGAUGAAGAUGAAGAAUGGAGGACUCGACGUUUUAGAAAACUACCCUUGCCAAGUUCGAACAUCAACCAUCCCUGCUGAAAAAUGUAAAAUUAGAAGAACGAAAAAGAAUCAGAAGGGAACAAAAACUAAGAGAAAAUCGUCGACAUCUGAUCAGUCAUCAUCCUCGUCCAGAUCAAUUACACCUUUAUCAUCACCAGUAAACAGCGGAGAACUUCAAAACAGUCAAGUAUCAAGCACAGUGUCAGGUUUUCCGAACAAAUACAACAAGAGGUACGAAGAGUUUUCAGACAGUAGUAACAAUAGUCACGAGUAUCAAGAGUUUUUUGGUAACAGCAGUUAUGCUUCGACUUCUUCCUCCUCUCUUCCUCAGUUCUCAGUAUUCAAAACUCCUUAUCAUCCUAACAGUUUCUAUCAAGAACCAUAUGUAAAUAACUUCUACCAUCAAGACCCUUCAUACAUUUCACCAACCCCAAACUUGAGUAACUAUGCUUCUCAGUUUAGUAACCAUCCUGUAUACAACGCUAGUAAUCCUUUUGACGACAUUUCUCCAAACAGAAUCCUACCGGGCUAUUCUACUGAUGCUACUCCACCUAGAGGGAAAAAAAUAAACAUUUCAUAUACUGACAAUGCAGAAUGCUUUCAAGAUAACGACAUGGGUGGUGUAGCUAUCGCUUUGCCACACGGUAGUAUUCUGUUUGAAUGUGCCAAACACGAGCUGCAUGCUACCACUGCCCUCAAGAAUCCCAAUAGACUAUCUCCCACUCGUAUCGCUUUGGUAUUCUACCAGCAUAGAAACAUGAAUAAGCCUCAGCAUGGUUUGGAUGAAUAUAAGGAAAAACUGAGACGAAAAUUAGAACCAAGUAACGAUCUCGAUGAUUCUGGUGUUGAUUUCAAUGUAGAUGUUAGUAACUAUGUUUUUUCUAAUAGUGAUAUUGUUAUUAGAGCACCCACACUGCCCACACAAACUUUUACGACUGUUUUUCCAAUGUAUCCCUGUAUCGUUACAGGUCCCUAUCAAGUUCCAGACCCACAUUGAGACGUGUUGGCUUCCAGUUUAUCCUUAUUCUACCACUUGUUGUGCGACUGCUUUGUUAGUUCCCUUUUUAUCAGAAGAGAGACCCUUCCAAAGAUCGCAACUGCUAAACGUCAUGCUCAAGAUCUCUUUUGGGAAAUUUUCAAGAAAAACUGCCUACAAUAAUUACAGUUAUGGCAAAAUAAUGAUGUUGCAUGUCAAAAAUUCACUCAUACAUAUACGUUGCAAAACAAUGGUAUACUUUUUGUUUUGUAACAGAUAGUUCAUUACAAAUAAUGUAAAUCUUCACUUAGUAUGCAGAUAGCAGCUACAGUAGUCAUACUGAAAUCACCCAAAAUAAUAUCCUCUCCUGUUGAAAUGUAGUCCACCCUGUUGACAUAGAAAUAACAAUACAUGCCUAUGGAUGAUAUACGCUUAACAGGUAUGAAAAUCGUGGGUCACUGUUGGAGAAUCAAAAAGAGACAAUGAUUCAUUUCUUCCUCUUCUUCUAUCUCAUAUUUGUUGUCCGGACGGAUUGGAAUGAUUAUAGAUUGAUAAAGUUCUUCAAUAAUAUUAUCAAAAGUCCACAAUCUUUCUUCCUCUUUUUUUUACUUGGUUUACGGCAUUGGUCCAGUUAUCUUUAAUUACGUUUUUUAUGGAAUUUAAUAAAAGUUGUUUGGCAUCUUUCUUCUGGAGCUUAGUUUCUUUGUGGUAAGCUUUAGUGGGUUUUGAAAUGAAACUCAAAUAAACCAUUCUCCACAAAACCAUGUUCCCUACCAAUGGGCGUGAUUAUUAAUCUUCGACCCUUGAUAUUAUAGAUAGAAGAUGCAUCUUCCUUCUAAUCUAAAUCUUUUUAUCGUUCUCAAAUACAUAUUUAUUGCCUUCGUCAAAAAUAUCUUCUGUAUCGUUCAAUAUAGGUUUUUUUUCUUUGAUUUUGAAGAUUUGUAAUUGUAAUAAGCUGCCAGCUGCAUACAAAUAGACUUUAGUAAUAUGAAAUAAAGACGGAAAAAAGACGCGAAAAUUAACAAAUUAAUUAUUUCAGAAACAAAUGACUUUUGUCUUUUCUUCCCAUAAAAAAAGUCUAAUGAAGUCAAAUCUGGACACCUUGGUGGCCAUUCGAUAGUUGCCGUUUUGAAAUGUUUAUCUGUAACAUCAUUUGUUUGCAUUAACUGUAAAACAAAAUAAAUCAUUGCAAUAUUCGUUCUGUUACGUUGUUGAAACAGUAAAAACAGCCUGAGAACGCAAUGGUUGAUUUUAUUAUAGAAAUAAUAGAAAUAACGAGUGCCUCCGAUCUCUACAUAGUCUUACAAAUUAUAUACAGAGUACAAAUAAAAGGUAUAAGUCUUUGCUAAUGUAAUAGAGAUGCUAAUCAUACCAAAAAGUUAAAUUCUUAGGUUAUUAGUCGUGUAUUCUGCACAACUUUGUAAACUUUUAUAAUGCGGAUUUUUUAGUACUGUCGAAAUAUACUCUAGAUAAUUUUUAAGUGUCGGAAAAUGUUGCUAUCGGUGAUUAUUUUCGUAUAGAUAUUAUUAAAAUAACUCAGGAAUUUUUAUAAGAACCAUUGUCGAAGUGAUCGAAGAGGUAAAGCAGCGGAAGGUACAGUUACGCUCCAAAGUAACUGCUGUAAAAAUCACUGUAAUUAGUAACAGUGCCAACGAAAAAACUUCAUCUCUAUAUGUUCAGAAAUUAGAACAUGAUUAAUAGUUCUUUACCUCAUUGAUCACUACCUGUUAUAAUAUAUUUUUAUCUAUUUUUCUCCAGUAGAUUCACAAAGAACAAUUAAACAGUUAGAGCUAGAGUAUAUGGCAACACUGCAAUGGGUAAAUAUAUUAAUGAUGUGUUCAAUAUUUAAUUUUUUAUAUAAACUUUCACAGUUCUUGUUUUUUGUAUUGUUUUUUUUUGUUUUUGAUAUUUCUGGUAUUAAAAUAAUGUCUCUAACGAUUCAUUUAACAACUUUGGACUUAAAAUUGAUUAAAUGUAAUCUUUUUAGUUCAAUUUUUAAUUUUUUUACAUUUUAGCACUUUUUUAAUACCGAAUAUAUUUAUUAUUUUACUGAAUCUAUACUGAUUAUUGUAUCUGUAUUAAAAUUUUUCUACGAAUUAAACACAUUUCAAAAUUUUGCAAAAAUAUAUUACAUUUGCCAGAGUAUUGUAAAAGUUAGGCUAGACGUAGUGCAGAAUGUGGAUAACGGAUGAACUUAUAAUAUCUAAAGAAGGCACUACCAAAAGAGACAUCAAACACAGAACGCAGCAGGAAAAAAAGCGGUAAACAUUCUAAGCUCUCUACUAUGGUCUAAACAUAUUAGACAAACAACGAAAUUGAUAACCUCUCGAACUUUGGUUCGAACAUUAGGACUUAUGGAGCAGAAGUUUGGCAGAUCACGAAAAAGAAUAGAAGUAGGUAAUAGAAAUGGAUUAUCUAAGGAGAGCGUGUGGUAUAUCCAAAAAAGAUCACAUCAGGAAUGAAGAUAUAGACAAAUACUGUAUAUUUCAGUGUAUAUAGAAUUGAAACGAGACAACUAGUGUGGUAUGGUCACGUCAAACGAUUGAAUGAAUGCAGAUGGUCAAAGAAAGCUUUAAAAUACAUACCACAACAAAGAAGAAGUAAGGGAAGACCUUCAGUUGCCUGGAAAGAAAAUGUACAGCACAUAAUGAGAGAUAGAGCUAUCAAAGAAGACGAAUCGAUGGACGAUGGCAGUCGAAAUGCGAGAAGCGGCAGGGGCUGUAGGAACCUCGUUUAUUUUUGCAAAAUUUUGGAAGUUUAAGUUGUAAAACAACAUUAACAUUUGUUUUAAUAUUUACAGAUUUCAGUCCUCUACCAAUAGUUUUAUAUAAAUAGUUGUAAAAUCAUUGGAGAACCAAAAAUUCAACAGUAUAGAAUUACCUGUUGAGUUUCCUAAGGCCACAUUCACCACGUGGUAUAUAUGUACAUAAUAUAUUGUCUCAAUUUUAUCUAAAAAUGUUCAGUAAUAAUAAAAAAUUAUUAAAGGCCAGUACAGAAUAUUUUUUGAUAUAUUAAUUCAUUGCAGUGUUUUGUAAAUUUCUGUAGAUACUAUGUAUGCUACAGGAACUGUAAUAUAUUAUAAAUAUAAAGUAUUAUUAUAAAAUCCGUAAAAGUUCUUGGGUCUACCAUUCAAAAAAAAGUACUAUCUCCUUCAUGAGACUUUUUUUAUUCAGUUAUUCAUGUCAAGUCAGAAAACUUUUAUUUCGGAAAAUUUUUGGGAGGGGACGUUUCGUAAAUAUAGAGGUUUCUAAACUUUGGUGUGUCCAACAACUGAAGACCCUCAGAAAUUUGUUAGUACCAGUAAAUUGUAAGUAUUUUUAUCAAACAAUCCUGCAAAGAGGGCGCUGUGAGGGUAUAUAGACCAGGGCGCAUCUGUAAAAAUAUUAGUACAUUUGGACGUUGAGAGGUGACUCAUAUAUUUUUUUGCAGAAAUUGCUUGAAAAUAUCUCAUAUAAUAAUAUUUGAGUUAUCCUCCCACUCAAAAAGGUCCGGAACAUUGUUUAAAUAAUCAAAAUGUCAAAAAAUGAAGGAAAAAUUCGAUUUUUUUCUUCGUUUAAUAAAUAUUACUUUGAAAGUAUUCAUUUCUGAGAAAAGUUGUACUGACAUAAAAGUUGCGCAAUUAAAUUUCCCAUAAUAUAGAAUUCGUUAAGAAUUUUAAAAAUUGUCAUUCUUGUGCAAAAUAGCAAUACUUGCGAAAAAAAACGAUAAAAAACAAGUCUUCGCAUUUUACGUUUUUCAACCAUUUAUGCUACACUUAGGACCUUCAUAUUUUAACAAGAAAGACUUUAUGAUAUAAGAAAACAAUACUGUGAAUUUCAUUAAGAUCCGUUGAAAAGAUUUUGGAAAAUAAAUUUUGCAAUCCAGCUUUCGCAAAAAAAUUAAUUUUUUCAAAUUCUUGCAGGACUAAAUAUAAAGCAGACAGCAAGUUUAAUUUUUUUUAUAGAUAGAAGAAUACCGUACCUUUCAUUUGCAAUUUGCAAAAUUAAAAUCGGUUAACCACUACGGCGUCAGGAAUUUUUUUAAAUACACAUUUUUUUGUGCUACGCGCAGGACAGCGGAUAGCUUGCUCUGAUUGGGCAUUCCAAUGACCUUUGAUAAUGAUUGACAAAUUUUAAUUUUUAGUACAUUUCGAUAUAAAUAAAUAAAUUUGUUUAUUGCAAAAUAAAAACACAUGUUCUGUCCUUUGAAAUACCACUUUUUUUGGCAAAAACUUUCUUUGUUCAUAUAUUGUAAGUUAGAGAAUAAAAGUUUAUUAUUUUUAAACAUAUGCAACUGUUUAAACAAUAUUUCACAAACAAUAAUCAAAUUAGUUUGAUUUUUGUGGAAUUAAAAUAUUAAAAUACAACAAAAUAUAGUGUAAGAAAAUAAUAUAUUAGAUAAAGAUUGGAAGAAAUUUUGGUGGAAAUCAACUUGUGUGAAUCGAACACCGCUGUUUUGCGCGUAGCACCAAAAAUUAGUGUUUAUUUAAAAAAAUUCCUGACACCGUGGUAGUUAAUGGAUUUUAAUUUUAAAAAUUGCAAAUGAAAGGUACGGUAAAAUAUUCUAUACGUAAAAAAGUUUUAACUUGCUAUCUGCUUUAUUUUCAGUCCUGCAAUAUUUUGAAAAAAUGAUUUUUUUGCGAAAGCUGGAUUGCAAAAUUUAUUUUGCAAAAUCUAUUGCACCGAUAUUAAUGAAAUUUACAGUAUUGUUCUACUAUAUUAUAUAGUUUUUCUGGGUAAAAUAUGAAGGUCCUAAGUGUAGCAUAAAUGGUUGAAAAACGUAAAAUGCAAGUACUUGUUUUUUAUGGUUUUUUCGCAAUUAUUAUUAUUUUGCAACAAGGGUGACAAUUUUUAAAAUUUGUUACCAAUCCUAUAUUGUAGGAAAUUAAAUUACGCAACUUUGAUAUUAGUACAACUUUUCUCGAAAGUGAAUACUUUGAAAGUUAUAAUCAAAAAACGAAGAAAAUAAUCAAAUUUUUCCGUCAUUUUUUGACAUUUUGAUUAUUUAAAAUUAUUAUUAUACGAGUUAAUUUCAAGAAAUUUCUGCAAAAAAAUAUGAGUCACCUCUCAACGUCCAUCUCAAAACAGAUGCGCCCUGGAAUAAAUUUUAUGACUCUUUAUGAUGUAAAAUACUCAUAAAAAUAGUUACAAUUUACUCGCCAUGUGGUAAUAUUCUGGAAGUCGUCAGAACAGUUAAAAAUCGAAAACUUGAAUAUUUUGGCGACACCCAGAGAAAUAUAUAUAUUUAACUGUAGUUCAUUACAACUAUUCAGAGCAGAAGCCAACAAAGUGACCAUAGCCAUUAUGAUAUCCAACCUAUGAUAGGAGAGGGAACUUUAAGAAGAAGAAGAGAAAUAUAAUAUACUCUAUUUAAUAAUACAAAGCAAGGUAGACGACCGAAGAAGAACGUCAUGGCUUAAAAACCUGAGAGAAUGGUUUAACAGAUCAUCUGUAUCCCUUUUCCGAGUUGCCCUCAACAAAAUUACUAUAGCCAAGUUGAUCGCUCGAUAAUCGAGCACGGCACAUAAAGAAGAAGAAGGUAAUAUUGUCCGAUAAAUUUUUAAGGGUACUUCAGUUGUCGGACGCACCCUAAAAUUUUCCGUAUUAGGAUAGUUGUCCAAUUCGACAUGAAUAACUGAAUAAAAAAAAUCUCAUGAGGUAGGUAACAAUUUUUUUUUUGAAUGGUGGGCCCAAGACCUAUAAUUUUUGCCUUUAGGAUUUGGGUUCGAGGAUAAAUAUUAAAUAUAUUUUUGAAUCGCGUCAACUCUCAAAGAUUUUUAUUGAGUUACGUGUAAUUUGAGUCAAAACUGAUGAUGUUUGUAAAUCAGUAUUGGCGUUGUCAAAGAGGCCAUACCUACGUGUUUGUAAAUGAUAUUAAUGUAUGCAUUUAUCUUUUCUAGUUUUAAAAGUAUAUUUUUGACAAAAAAAGAGAGAAAGAAAGUAUUUAUAGUGUUCUUAAAACGCCUACGAAAAGUAAAUUAUUGUAUAGUGUUAGUAUACCCAAGUCACUUCUUCGAAAAUAUAACUAAUGUUAUUGAUAAAGUAAAUGAUGCCAAAUAUUUAAAAUAGAUUUUAACGAAAGUUUUAUAAGAUAAAUCUUCCAGGCUAGUUUUGGCAGCCAAUCCCUUUUUUUUUCGUGACAAGACGUCUCCUAACGCGACAGUUGGUAACUCCACAAAUCGUAACGCCAUCAAUUCGUAACGGCGAAUUCCUAACUAUACAUAUUCGUAACGGGAAAAUUCGUAACGUCAAAAUGAAAUUAUUCUGUUUAUUUUUGUUAACGUGGAAACUAUUACAGUUACAAUUUAAAUUACGUUUAUCAAUUUAACGAACAUUUUUGACACAUUUCAUAUUUCGUGGAGUUUUUUUUUAAAUUGUGUCUUAAACAAAUAUAAUCUAAUAAUGUAAAUUUUAUUCAUUAUUAUAGUUAGUACAUUACUAUUAUUUCUUUCAAUAUUUUUCACAUUUAACUUUACUACUUUCAGGUGAUAAUUCAAGAUAUAUAUAUAUAUAUAUAUAUAUAUAUAUAUAUAUAAGCAGUGGGGUUCCUACGGUUUCCUCCGUAUCCCACAUUUCGCUCGCAAUCGUUUUCUAUCUAUCCACUCGUUCUCUUGUACAGCUCUGUCUUCCAUAGACUGUUCUGUGCUUUUCUUCCAUGUUUCUGUAGGCCUUCCUCUUCUUCUAUUAAUAGGCGCGUAAUUUAAUGCUCUUCUUGGCCACCUUCUCUCUGGCAUUCUCAUAACACGACCAUACCAUAGCAAUUUCUUUGUUUCUAUUCGGUCAACAUACACUAUUUUUCUGUCGUCUUAUUUCCUCAUUUGGUACGUGUACUAAUCUAGAUACCCUAAAUGCUCUACGUAAAAUCCAUUUCCGUUACUUCUAUAUUUUUUCUUUCCUUUCCUGUGACUUGCCAACACUCUGCCCCAUAAGUUAGAAUAGGUUCCUCAAUUGUUAUAUAGAUUGUUAAUUUUGUAUUCACCUUCACCUUGUUAGACCAUAGUGGACCAUUUUAAAUACAAGUUGCUUUCCUUCCUUGCUGUAUCCUAUGCUGUAUAUCUCUUUUUGUAGUUCCUUCAUCUGAUAUUAUGCUUCCUAAAUAUCUCUAUUCCUUCCCCAGCAACCAGCAUCCCAGCAACUGUUUUCCUCCAUUGCUCCAGAGCUUUCUGGAUGUAUAUUUUAAAUAGUGUUGGCGGUAAGCAGCACCAUUGCCUCAGACCUUUUGUAACAGGGAAUGGUUUCGACAUAGAUUUUCCCUGCCUAGUGCAGCUUUUCGGGUUUUGAUACAUAUUUUUACUUUCUCGCACAUAUGUUUCACUUACACCUAUCGUCGUAGGUUUUUUCCAGAUCAAUAAAUGUUCAUGAUAAUAAAUUUAAAAAAAAAUCUUUAGUUGUCAUGUUAACAAGAAUAUAAAUAUGCGUGAAAUAUAUUUAAAAAGGACUGGUGUUAAAAAAAGUACCUUUACUUUUAUAUAGGAUUGUGUGCAAAAUGCAUUUUUGUAUGAAUCCAGCAAUAAUCAAUUUGCUAAAAAAAAUAUUAAAUGUUGGCGUUACGAAUAUGUAUAGUUACGCACCGUCGCCGUUACGAACUGACGCCGUUACGAAUUGUCCGUUACUAUUUGUCGAGUUACGAACUGUCGCGUUACGAGAUGUCAUGGAACCCUCUUUUUUAUGUAUUAUAAUUUCCUUUUAGCGCACUACUUCUACUAUUUAUUUAUUUAUUAUUUGGGUAUUUUUCGCGUUGCUAUUCUUCUACUAGAUUUCAUUUUUUACCUCUCGAAAUUUUCACUCCGAUAGACUAAUACAGAUGAGGUGCAAUAAACGUUACACAGUAUUAUGGAGAUCUAGACGAAGAAUAUGCGCCAAAAAUACCUGUUAGACACCGAAUUUACUUCACACAAAAUGGUAUCACUUGAAAAUAUGCAUAAAAUGAUUUUAAAUAUGGAAUAAAAUAGUUUCUUUUUUUUUUUAAUUUUGAUAAUACAUCAAUUUUUUUAACGUUUUUUAUUGAUUUUAAAUUGUGAAUGUCCAAAAUUUUUAUUAUUAUUGCAUUUUAGCAAUUAUUUUAGUUAAAUUUAGGUACAAAACUUAUUUAGUUGGUUCUUAAUUAAUUUAUUUAAACAAAGUCUCUCUUUAGUCUUUUUACUUUAUUCUUCUCUAUACAAAGAUUACAACUUCUUCAAAGUGUUUUGCUAUACCAUGGCUAUAUAUACGUAAUUUUAUCAGUUUUUUCUUUCCACGUGUCAUCAUAAUCAUAAUAUAGUCAUCAAGAGGUCGUUGUCAAUGUAUUUUCACUUAGUUAUGUUUUUAAGAACUUAUUCCAAGCUUUUUGAAAUAUUGUGGCUUUAUUCAUGCAAAACAUUCCUUUUUUCUUUCCAAUGGUAAAUUAUUGUCAUAUUUAUUAUCACCGUGGGCUCCUCAUCAAAAUAUUUUAAGUUUAAUUUAAUUUCCUUAAUAUUUUUGCUACGUUCUGGCUUUGUCUACAACCAUAUGUCAAGUAUUUUGUGCAUAGAUCAUUUUCCUUGUAUUUGUUGUCAUUUUCAGCUCCUCAUCAUCAUAUCAUGUUAAAUAUUUUCAAAUUUCUUCGAAGAUUUAAGGUAUGUUAUGGCUUCAUAUAUAAUAAAUUUUUUAGUUUUUUCGAUACUGUACUCUAUCGAAAGCGAUUUCGUAAUUGAUGAAAGCCACAUAACAUGAAGCCCACGUAAUCAUAUUUUAGGUUCGUUUUAUACUUCUAUAUGAUUUUGGGCAAUGUUAUCGCUUUAUCUCCAUUACUUCAGCAGGGUUUUCUUUCCAAAAAUCAUUAUCAUGUUCAUUAUAGGCAUUUUGAGGUCGUCAGGCUCAUAUUGUAACUUAAUUUUAACUCUUUUAAGGUUUUUUGCGAUGUUAUGGCUUCAUCUCUAUUAAUUUUCAUGGAUUUUCUUUUCAGAGCUCAUUAUCAUUUUCAUUAAUGUCUUUUUGAGAUUCUCAUCAUCAUAUUUUAUUUGCUAUGAUGUGGUUUUAUAUACCGAUGGUGAAAGUUCCCAACCUCCUAUGUCAAUUUUUGGGUAUUUUGUUUUGUUACCCUUAAAUUAAAGAGAAAUAUGUAUUUUUACUGUUUACAAGCUCCUUUGUUGUUAUUUCAUAUAUGGCCAUCUAUAAGCCAAUUAAUGAAAUAACGACAUAGGAGCUGUAAAUAGUAAAAAUACAUAUUUCUCUUUAAUUUAAGGUAACAAAACAACAUACCCAAAAAUUGACAUAGGAGGUUGGGAACUUCGAUACGUUAAUUUGUUGAGUUUUUGCUUUCCACAAGUCAUUUUUGUGUUCAUUAUAACCGCUGAUAUAAUAAAGAUAUAUUAACAUAUUUUUUAUUUUGAUUGACUGAGAACAAAAUAAGACUUGCCGAUGUGUCAUAUUUAGGAAUUUUAUAAAAAUUUGUUUUAGUUUGUAUUUUAACUUGUGUUUCUAUUAUAUUAAUAGAAUUUUAUUAUGUAUAUAUUUGUUUAGUUUUUUAAUAAAUAUUUUUGGUAAAAUUCCAAAUAUGUGGUUUUAAUUUUAACGGUUUAAAAAAUAUUUUCUAAAACCUACUAACUACUUAGAUUGAUCCAUUUUUAUUAACUUUUCACUUUCAUGUUUUAUAUUCCCUUUUAGUAUUUUCUUCUUUUUCAUCACUAUACCAAGACUAUGUUCCCUGGUAUAUUUUGAUUAGUUGUGUCUUAUUUAACAGCUUAUGUUGGCUUAGUAGAAUCUUUUCCUCGUAAUAUCAAUAUUGAUUAUAUUUCUUGGCUUUUUCCUUGUACUGUUUAUAUUAAGGGGCUAUCCUAGUGUAGAAGUACGAAAUUCAUAUACUUUUUUGGGAAUUUCUAAAACAAAAAGUACUGUACCAAUUGUUUUGAAAUUUUGCAUGAGCAUUUAUUAUAAAAAUAAGUACAGGUAAAAUAAUUUUCAUAAAAAAAUAUUGAAAAUUAAACAAUUUAUGCGCCAUCUAUUGGCACCGUGAAAAUAAAAACAUAGCUCCACUGCUGCAGUGAUUGGGACAAUAGAGAUCCUGAAACAUAAAAUUUCAAAGUUAUUAUUGAAAUAUAAGUUAUUUUCUAUACCAUCAACUAGGGGUUUUUUGAUCGGAUAAAAAAUGUCAAUUUGGCGGUUUUUGUAACUGAAAAUGUUUUAGCUUUAAAAUAUUAAAAAAAAAAUUAACACUUCGUCAUUUUUCCAAAUUUUAACAUUUUUCAAAAAUCCUAGUUGAUAGGAAAUAUUAUGGGAAACAGUAUAGGAAAUAACUUUUAUUUCAAUAAUUACUUUGAAAUUUUAUGUUUUAGGAUCUCUGUUAGUCCCAAUCACUGCAGCAGUGGAGCUAUGUUUUUAUUUUCACGGUGUCAGUAGAUGGCGCAUAAAUCGUAUAAUUUUCAAUAUUUUUUUAUGUAAAUUGUUUUACAUAUAUAUAUAUAUAUAUACUUCUUUUUAUAAUAAAUGCUCAUUCAAAUAUUUAAAACAAUUGGUACAGUACUUUUUAUUUCAGAAAUUCCCAAAAAAAGUAUAUGAAUUUCGUACUUUUACACUAGGAUAGCCCCUUAAUUUGACUGCUGAAGCUCUUAUAUUGGAUCAUUCAUACACUAACUUUAAUUGAAAAAAAUCCUACUUGAGUUUAGUUUUUUAUUUGUUACAAAUUGUAUACAUAUUGCAAAGUGAUACCAGACUUUUGUGGAAGGAGUUUAGUAUUAGAGAAGAUGUAUAUAUAUUUUUUCACCAUUUUUCGUAAAGAUAUUCGCAAAACUGAAAAGCAAUCUUUUAAAAUUUGUAAAUAAAUAUAGUUGAGUGGGUACUUCGAAAUAAUUUUUUGGACUCGUCGUCAUUCAUUUGUAAUAUUAGGCUCAUUGAAACUCAUUAGGCUCAUCAGAAAACCGAAAAGCAAUACUUUUUAAUAUAAAUUCAUAUCAUGAGGGUUGGAAGUAUCUACUCAAAAACGAAGAAAAUGUGUUUUACUGAACGUAAAAAAUAAUCAUUUGUAUUUUCACUAGUUAUAGAUUUUUUUAGUUUAGCAUUAAGGACAAAAAUUAAUAUGUGUAUUGUCAUGUGAAUACAUUUAUAUAAUAUUA